UUGUUGCGAUAAGCGCUUAACUUAGCAUAUGUAUCGAAGUUAUAAAUCAAUAAAUCUUUUUAAAAAGUAUUUUUACUAUUGUUAUCUGAAAACGGGUAUUACUUUCUAGACGACCCUUAAAUUCGCAGCACCGUUUUGGCACCACUCGAUCGUUAGGCAUGUGAUAAGAUUUAAAAAGGAGAUAGCACAAUGAAAGUCAACUACCGGCACCGGAGAUAUUGUUAGAAGCUACAAUUCUACGUCUAUCUGACUUCUCAGGUGUUGCAGGCGACCAAGAGUUAGUAUGUGUCGACGCAGGGUUACUUUUCGAGUAUUCGAGUGUUGCUACGUCAAGUUACAUUGUCCUCAUCUGUGAGUUUAGGUGCCGCAAUUUCCGGCAAAAGCCGGCAGCGUCUUUGCGUAUCACACCGAUAUAAGGCGUAAAAAUCGUUCGAAGAUCGAGCGUGCGAGAAUUAACGAGUAAUGAAUCCCCCUUUGCGAGAAUUCCCGUAAAUCCGCUUGUGUUACGUCUCUAAUAACUUUUUACCUGAAUUGAUUCUCAUUCACCAACAAUUUACUCAGUAUUCAAUUUACAGCUACCUAGUGCUUGAAGCCAUGAAUUUACACAAUCAGUUCUCCGUUCGUUAUAAAACUGUUACAUCGGUUGGUACCUGGUCUGUGAGUUGUUGGAAGGUGGAUGGUUAAAUUUUUUUGAACCAAAGGGUAUUCGAAAAAAUUCGUAGCGCGCACGCGGACUGGUAAAAGCUGUAUUGGAUUUUUCUUUUGCAUCUGCUUCAAUUUAAUGGAAACCAUUAACGAAAUCAAACAUGGGAAAGUAUUUCAAUAAUUGCCUUUCCUCUCCUUUCAGCAGAUUGGUGACAUAGGCAAAGGCUGUGACUUUUUAAAAAUUUUUGACGACCAGCGGAAAAAAGAUGGAUAAAUUGGAUUAUAUGUCGAUCACCAUACCUAAUUAUCCAUACACCUUUAACUUCGAAAAUAGCCUUGCUUAUUCGGAUACUGUUAUACGGAUUACGAACCACUAUCCGUAUUGUUUCUGCUACUGUUUCUUUUACGUUGUCUUAAUUUUUGCCGGGAAAUAUUUCAUGUCCAGUAGACCAAAGUUCGAGCUGAGAGGAAUGCUCGUUUUGUGGAAUGCCUCGCUCGCAAUGUUUUCCAUUUUUGGAUUCCUCCGGAUGGGAUCAGAAUUAUAUCACGUAUUAAGUCAUUAUGGAUUUCAACAUAGUAUCUGUAUCAGUUAUAUGACAUAUGAUCCCGUGAUGGCUUUUUGGUCCUUAUUGUUCAUUCUAUCAAAGAUCGUAGAGUUUGGUGACACAGCGUUCAUUGUGCUACGGAAGCAGCCAUUGCAAUUUUUACAUUGGUACCAUCAUAUAACAGUUCUUCUUUAUGCGUGGUUGUGUUUUAUAGAGGAUGCACCACACUCCAGAUGGCAUUGCGUAAUAAAUUACUUUGUUCAUUCCUGGAUGUAUUCCUAUUAUGCUCUGAAAGCAAUGCGAUUCAGUCUACCAAGAUGGUUUGCCAUGUCGAUCACUAUGCUACAGACACUACAGAUGGUGUGGGGUUGUUUCACAGCUAUUAUGGCUUACAACUAUAUAACAAACAAUCAAAUUGACUGUCACGUUAAAUCCCACAACGCCAAAAUUUGUCUGCUGUUAUACUUCAGCUAUUUCGUUCUCUUUAGCAGAUUCUUCAAACAGGCUUAUCUAUCCAAUAAUUGCAGAAAGAUAAAAGAAAGCUCAAAGCAUGCUCAAGACUAAUUAAAGACACAUUUUGGAAAACUUUUUCUAAGAAUGCCUUCCAGUGGCGUUCCUUGAAAGCAUGUUGUUGGAAUCUGCUAAAACUUUUUAUGCGAUUCAUGAAACUGGGCAUGUAGAAAAUAAAUAAAACUUAUUUAUUAACUGUAAACAUUUUAAUAAAGAUUUGCGAUUUUAUUUAUUAUCUUUAAAUUCUUUUUACAUCCUUUAAAAUAGAAUAACUUUUUAACAAUAGGACCAGAUUUUAAUUUUUUCUUUUCUUUUUUUUUAAAAGGAUCAGUCUACUAAAUGAAGCGUACAAAAAUUUUUGAAAAAAAUAAUGCGAUUAAAAAAGAUAAAGGUCACUUUUUAAGUUUCUUAUCUGAGCUUGUAUAUAUGUGUAUGUAUAUAUGUGUUACGUGAUUUGUCCGAAGGAAAUUCCGCUUUUAGAAGAAGGCAAUAGGGAUACGAAAGACUUAACAAGAUUCCAUAAAGUUCUUAGAUACAAGGUAUUCGUGAUUCUACUAUACGGAAUUCCCCCUGGACAAUGCUAGAGCAUUGAUGAUCACGUAUUCGCAAGAAAGAUAUGAAAACACAUGUACACGCUCUUGAUUCUGAUUGAUCUACACCUUGAUCCAGUGAAGGUAAAUUUUCAGACUAGUGCACAGGUCCCCAUAAGGUACUAGAUAUCUUGAGAAAUAACAAUGUUAAAAUUAAUGUAAAAGGAACCACAUUAUAAAAUACACAUAAACAAACAAACUAGUUCAUGUUCGCAACGACCAACCGAGGAACAUACGAAUUAAGAUCAUCGGCUAUAGAAACACGCGAACGAUCUAAAUCUUUUAUACGUAUUGCAUGUGAGUUACUUAUCGUAAACAAGCAGAGGGAAAGCAGAGGAAAAUGGUCCAUUGGACGGAGUGCUUCCAUCCUACCACUCAGAGUCGUACAGAGCUUCUAAGCUACUUCUGCGUUAGGCCAUUUCGACCGUCAUAUUCUUUUAAUGGACUAUAGCGCGAGGAGCGACAAAAUUUUGGAAUGAAUUUAUGGAAUUUUGGAACGGUUACUGCAACCAUAAUUGACAUUCUAUUUACAUUGAAAUUAAUCAAAACGGCGGUAGACAUAGUUAUACACGGAUACCAAGUACAUGGAACAUGUGCAUGUGGAGUCACAACAAUAGAAAGCUGUCGGUACGUUGGUUCAGAAAACUCUUCUUAGCCGAAAUAAAGAAAGGGGGCGAGCG